AUGGCUCGGACUCGGGCGGCAUGGGCCAGCAAGACGCUGUCUUUCAUGCUUGCAAUGGCUGCAGCGACCCACUUUGCAGCUGCUGUCCAAAACAUCGUGGAUAAUUCCGUGGGACUGGGCGGCUCUGUUGUGAACGCCGGCGUCUGGGCCAAUGGACUGUCCACCCAGGAUCAGUUCCCAGGCACCAUUGGUGUCGGACAGGCUUGGAGCGACCGCGAUCGUGAGGCAUGGAUCCUGAACUACAACUCGGUCCAGACGGGAGCAGGAAUCCUGAAUGGGCUCAUCGCCAACACCCGCGAUGAGCUUCGCCAGGUCGGCCCUGGGGUCAUGAUCGGGAGGACCUACGCCAAACCCUUUUCCAGCGCCAACCCCCUGCCAGUCCCUGUGAACGAGGGGGCGGCGUUCUACCUGUUCCAGGUGUGCGAUGCCAGCGGCGGCUACCCCGCCAACCCCAACGACCGCGCCUUGUCCUGA